AGAAAAUAGUACUACAAAUAGUACUACACAUAUCAUAUAGUGGAUUUCUAAUUUUUUCUAAGUCAUCCCUUAGAAAAUAAUGAAUUGGUGACUAGUGCUGUGAGAUAAUUCUGGAGUUGGUUGUUCAGUUGUAGUGAUAAAAUGUGUAUUUUAUUGUAAAACAUAAGGUAUUAAUCCGUGUGCUGAAUUCAUUGCUGGUGGUUCUCAGUAGGAGUUCUGGUGACUUCUCUGGGCUCUAGAGAUGUGCUCCAUGAAGAAGGCAGCAUUAACAUUGAACUUUCAGAACAGGAAGGACAGUAACAAAUGGAAAUGGUGCAUGGGCAUUUUAGCCACAGAAAGCUGUUGCAAGUAAGGAUGUGGGGAUAUAAUGUGUCAAGUAUUUUCAAGAAUAGCGAAUCAUGGUUUACAAUGCAGAUUUCUUUAAAAGUAGGGAAUAGGGACUGGUAGAAGUAGAAAAGUCAGCUGGGGCUCAAUCAGAGAUGGCAUCUCAUCCGGCCUAAGGAACUUGAGUAUCUGUGGGCUGUGAGCGCCUGAGACGCUUUGGCCCAGGAAACAAGCUGACCAAAGAUACGUCAUAGAAGAUCAAUGGGACUCAAUGAGUGGGAGGAACAGGACAUGGAGAGGGACCUCUGGACAGGCUGGACAUGCCUGAGGCAACAUGUGAAAAGGAGUGCCCAGGAUGGACUGCUGCAGAGAAGGGAGGCGGAACUGCGGCAGAGCAACACUUCAUAAUGCUGGAUGCUGACAAAUAUGAGAAUGAUCCAGAAUUAGAAAAGAUUCGCAGAGAGAGAAACUACUCCUGGAUGGACAUAAUAACCAUAACCAAAGAUAAACUGCCAAACUAUGAAGAAAAGAUUAAGAUGUUUUACGAGGAGCACUUACACUUGGACGAUGAGAUCCGCUACAUCCUGGAUGGCAGCGGGUACUUCGAUGUACGAGAUGCAGAGGACAAAUGGAUCCGGAUCCACAUGGAGAAAGGGGACAUGAUAACGCUACCCGCAGGGAUCUAUCACCGCUUCACGGUGGACGAGCAGAACUAUGUGAAGGCCAUGCGGCUGUUUGUGGGAGACCCAGUGUGGACGGCGUACAACCGGCCGGCUGACCAUUUCGAUGCCCGGGAACAGUAUGUGAAGUUUCUGACACAGACAGCAUAGCGGUGCUCCCUGGGAACUACGUAUGCCUUGUGAAGGUCCCGAACAUGAUUUAACUGAUAGAAAAUAAAUCAUUUUCUCUUAAGUUUUGUAUGGUAGACUUGAGGCUAAAUAUCUUUCCUGUACAAGAUUAUUUGAUCAGAAUGUUGUUCAAUGAAAGGAGCUAAAACUGAUUUUUACGUGGGAGCAACUGGAAAUGUGAACAGGUCCCCUGUAUUUUUUCUUAGUUGAUCAAGACUCACAGUCCAGUACCCUGCACUGUGUGAGCGAAGUUUUCAUCUCAAACACACGUGAAAAUUUCAUCUCCCUACACACAGCUCCUCUUCCCAUUUUGGAUGUAAUGCUGCCACAUUUGCUUUGUAUGAAGGUGUCAUAGUAGAUAACAGCUAACAGACAAGACACUUUCUCCUCCCAAAAUUACACCUUGUGGUGGAGACAGGUGUGGGGAAGAGCCCACGUGACGCGCACACUGUAUGAGUUGCUUAUGCCACUUGCUCAGAAUAAAGGAACCACCCGGAUUUGAGCCUGUGCCUUAUAGUCAGGUGUUUGUGGCAUUUUGCGUGAUCCAACCACCCGUUUUAGAGUCUCUAUGAUUGUAUAUGUUUAUAAUUAAUAUAUAUAUUUUCUGUGUUAGUAUUGUUUUGGUGUGAGAUUUCUAGGUUAUUCUGAAAUCUAGUUUUCGAAUUUUAACAAGAAUUGGUACAUUAUUUUUCUCCUUAACAAUUCUGAGAUACAGUUAUGCCUAGUUUGUAUAAUCUUAUAAAAACCCAAAGUUGCCUUUAUGUUUUACAAGGGCAGGUUGUUUCCUAAGGUCUGGGGGGUCUGUUUCCCACUGCACAGAGGAAACUCAAGCCUUAGAUAUUCGAGUAAACCGUGUCUUAGAUUUAGGAUUAAAAUAUAUGUGGGUAGCGUGGUAAUAACACAGAUAUCCUGGGGCUGGCUUCUGUCAAGUAUUGUUCUAUUUUAGUAAUUAAAAUGUGUGCUGAUCUACUGGUUUUGAGGGUUUUUUAGAGAUUCAUUUCUAAAUGGUCAUUAUAAAUGGAACUUGUUCAUUUUUAAGGAUGAAACAUUAAAAAGAGAUUAUUACUUAA